AUGUGCGCGGCGGGGAGGCGCUGGGGCCGGCGGCAGCGAGUGCUGCUGUGGGGCGUCCUGCUGGCGGCCUGGGAGGCGGCGUGGGGGCAGCUGCGCUACUCGGUGCCCGAGGAGAUGCCCAAGGGCUCGUUCGUGGGCGAUGUGGCCAAGGACCUGGGGCUGCAGCUGCCGGCGCUCAGCCACCGCGACGCCCACGUUUUUGACACAGGUAGGACACGGUACUUUUUUCUGGACUUGCAGAACGGCCACUUAUCUAUGAUGGAGCAGGUGGACAGGGAGGAGAUAUGCGCAGCUGUUCCUAAAUGCGUCCUAAAUUUUGAAAUUCUUGUAAAGCAGCCAAUGAAUAUUUACAAAGGGGAGGUAGAAAUACUGGAUAUUAAUGAUAAUGCUCCCAGUUUCCCAGAAAGAAGCAGUGUCUUAGAAAUCAUCGAGUAUACUGCACCAGGUGCCCGUUUCCCAUUGGAGAAAGCUCACGAUCCCGACAUAGGAGUGAACUCUUUACAGAAUUAUGAAUGUAGCGAGAGCAGCUAUUUCACCUUGGAUGUGAAAAACGGAGACGACGAUGUGAAAUAUCCAGAAUUAAUAUUGGUGAAAUCUUUGGAUCGGGAAGAGCAGGCUGUUCAUAAUUUGAUCCUAACAGCCACAGAUGGCGGGAGUCCGGUAAAAUCGGGAUCGACAACAAUACAAAUAGUUGUGUUAGAUGGAAAUGACAAUGCUCCAGAAUUUACUCAGUCUGUGUAUAAGGUGACCGUGAGAGAAGACGUGGCCGUGGGAACUCGGGUGUUACAGGUGACAGCGACUGACAGAGACGAGGGGCCAAACGCUGAGGUGAAAUAUUCGUUCUUUAAAAUCCCGGAGAAGUUCGACAAAACUUUUAAGCUAGAUCCUGAAAGUGGGGAAAUUGAAAUAACAGAGAAGUUGAAUUUCGAAGAACACGAGUUUUACGAAUUGGUCGUGCAAGCUCGGGAUGCGGGCGGACUCGCUUCCCACAGCAAGGUACACAUCAAGGUCGCUGAUGUGAACAACCACGUUCCCGAGAUUGUAAUUAUGUCCGUGUUCAGUCCCGUUCCAGAAGAUACACCGCUGGGAACAGUAAUCGCCAUUUUCAGCGUCCAAGACAGGGAUUCUGGGGCCAACGGCGAGGUGCAGUGCAGCAUCACGGAAAGCCUCCCGUUCCGCCUAGAGAAGUCAUUCGAUAAUUACUACCGUGUGGUGACUGCAGAGCUGUUGGACCGGGAGCAGGAGUGGGAGUACAACGUGACGGUGCGGGCGGCCGACGGCGGUCGUCCGUCGCUGCAGAGCAGCAGGGUGCUGUGUGUGCGGGUGCUGGACGUGAACGACAACGCGCCGGUGUUCUUGCAGGAGCGCUACAGCGCUCGGCUCAACAGUAACCGCCAUCAACAUCUCCCAGAAAGCAAUACAAAUCUGCGGGUGAACGAGAGGAUAGACCGAGAGGGCAUCUGCGGGGCCGUGUCGCCCUGCGUCCUCCGCUUGGAGGCAGUCAUGGAGAACCCUUUCGACAUGUUUCAUGUGAGCGUUACUAUCCAGGACAUCAAUGACAACGCACCGCGGUUUAACAAAGAAUUUGUUACCAUAGAAAUCAUCGAGUCGACGCCUCCUGGGAGCAGAUUCGCACUGGGCAGUGGCAGAGACCCCGACAUUGGGGCAAAUUCUUUACAGAAGUACGAACUUACCCCCAAUCCACUCUUCUCCCUCUUAGUGAGGGAGAGCUCUGAUGGGACGAAACACGCGGAACUGGUACUGGAGAAAAACUUAGACCGAGAAAAACAGAAAAAUCACCAUUUGAUACUGACGGCGCUGGAUGGUGGGGAUCCGGUCCGAUCCGGGACAGCCCAGAUUAAGAUUAACGUGACAGACGCAAAUGACAACCCACCAGUAUUCACCAAAGAGAUCUACAAGGUUCGACUGAUGGAAAACCUGCCAGAGGGCUCCUUAGCUUUUCAGGUGAAAGCUACUGACAGUGACGAAGGUACAAAUGCAGAAAUCGCCUACUCUUUCAGUGAUAUCGCAGACAGUGCUCGCCAGCUCUUCUCUCUGGACCCCAGGACAGGGGAUGUGAAGGUUACAGGCCCCUUAGAUUAUGAAGAAGGGAAAUAUUACGAAGCGACUGUUGAAGGCAAGGAUGGGGGUGGACUCACUGCACAAGCCAAAGUACACAUAGACAUUACAGACGUAAAUGACAAUGUGCCAACCCUUUCCCUCCUGCCUAUCUUGAACCCGAUACCCGAAGACUCAGUCCCGGGCACAGUCGUAGCUGUGAUCAAUGUUCGUGACAGAGACUCGGGAGAAAAUGGAGAAGUGAGCUGUAACAUGGACGGAAAUCUGCCUUUCAGAUUGGAAACGUCAUCAGAGAACACUUAUAAACUGAUAAUAGCCAGUACCCUGGACAGAGAAACAGUGUCCUCUUACAAUAUCACCAUCACUGCAAGGGACCGGGGCAGCCCGGCUCUGUCGAGCAGCACAGAGCUGGUGCUGGAGGUGUCGGACGUGAACGACAACGCGCCGGUGUUCGAGGAGGCGUCGUACAGCGCGUACGUGCGGGAGAACAACCCGGUGGGCGCGCUGGUGUUGCGCGUUGUCGCUCGGGACUUGGACUUGGGCGCGAACGGGCGCGUGAGCUACUGGCUGUCGGGCGGCAGCGCGGGCGCGUUGGGCGCGGCGCCGCCGGUGUCGGUGGAGGCGCGGAGCGGCGCGGUGUACGCGCAGCGCUCGUUGGACUACGAGCAGUGCCGCGAGUUCACGGUGGCCGUGCGGGCGCAGGACGGCGGGUCGCCGGCGCGCAGCUCGACGGCCACGGUGCGCGUGUUCGUGCUCGACCAGAACGACAACGCGCCGCGGGUGCUCUACCCGCCCCCGCCGGCGGCGUCGGGAGCGGCGCCGGGCUCGGUGGGUUCGGCUUUCGAGGUGGUGCCGCGUUCGGCGUCGUCCGGGUACCUGGUGGGCAAGGUGGUGGCGGUGGACGCGGACGCGGGGCGCAACGCGUGGCUGUCGUACGAGCUGGUGCAGGCGUCGGAGCCGGCGCUGUUCCGCGUGGGGCUGCAGAGCGGCGAGGUGCGCACGGCGCGGGCCGUGUCGGAGAGGGACGCGGCCAAGCAGCGCCUGGUGGCCGUGGUGAAGGACCACGGGGAGCCGGCGCUGUCGGCCACGGCCACGCUGCACGUGGUGCUGGCCGAGAGCUUGCAGGAGGCGCUGCCGGAGCUGCAGCAGCUGCUGGCGGCGGGCAGCGGCGCCUUGCGCGGCGUGCCGGCCACGCACUUCGUGGGCAUCGACGGCGUGCGCGCCUUCCUGCACUCCUACUCGCACGACGUGUCUCUCACGGCCGACUCGCGCAAGAGCCACCUCCGCUUCUCGGCCGCCAGCUGCUGCGACACCCUGCCGGCCCGGCCGCCGCCCGACGAGCCCGCGCCGCUGCUCGGAGACCAGGAACCUGCCGGUGCCCAGCAGGCCGACCCCGUCCCUCUCCCGGUGAGUUCAUUUUACCUCACUUUCCUUCCUUUCCUUUCUUAA